AUGGCAUCACGUGACGACCGAUUUGACAUAAGUUCACUUGUGUACGAGCGAUUCGUAUAUGGAUUGGGUCUUCAGAGGCCAGGCGUCCCUGAUAACCGAACAUCACACCAUUUUGACGGAUGUGUCACGCGUAGGAUACGGAUCGAACGAAGGCAUACACUGAUUGGCCAGAAUGUCAGUCAACCUGGAUCGAGCACCUUAGCUCGACGCUUCUCACCCCUUCACGGAGAUUCUAGCACGACCUUGUGGAACAUUCUAUGGUCACCCUACAAAAUCGGUAGUGAUAACAUAAAGCGCUGUCCAGAGCUACCAUGCCUUUUAAUAUAUCAUAGUGGAUGGAGCAGAAAGCCAAGGAGCCAAUACAGAGUUGCACGACCGUUCAGCAAGACACAACACCGGGAUACUGUCAAGGCGCAUACACCUAGACAGGAGGACGAUUGGGGUCCUCAACCAAAGCCUUUGGCUCAAAAGCCUAACCGCAAGGCAGCGGUGUUUUGCGGGAAAUGCAUACACAUCACUGUUUCUACGGAACAAGUUCCAAACCCAACCUGGAGGACCAGGAGAUUGUGUUUGUCAGACCUCUCACCAUUGACCAACCUGAUACGAGAGACUCUGAGUGUCACGGUGACAAUCCCCAGUAUAACUCAAUGGAUCGUUGAGGUGCGCCAAACGUCACACCACGGUGAGCUAAUUAAUAUGGAAGCCAACCCAGACAGUCAAGGGGACGGGUCAAGCUACCAUGAGCAGUCUUACUAUGAGGGAUUAGAUGGUUCUUUACAAGACCAGGAUUCAGAAUAUCAAACUGGUGAGGUGGAACAGCGGUCCCCGUUACGAGAGCAGGAUCGAUUUCUACCCAUCGCCAAUGUUGCGAAGAUCAUGAAGCGUGCUGUCCCAGGCAAUGGAAAGAUAGCGAAAGAUGCCAAAGAGUGCGUACAGGAGUGCGUUUCGGAAUUUAUCAGUUUCAUAACUAGCGAAGCUGCAGAGCGAUGCCAAGCGGAGAAACGAAAGACCAUCAACGGUGAAGAUAUUCUUUGUGCCAUGAAUACGCUCGGCUUUGAUAAUUAUGUCGAGCCCUUGAAGUCAUUUCUGGUCAAAUAUCGUGAGAUAAGUAAACUCGAAUCCUCCUUGAUCGAUCAACAGUCUUCUACGCCUCAUGUUUUGACCUCGGUGUCCAACACUGUCGGAUCAGCUGUUCUCCUAACUCCGACAAUACUAAGCGCCACGGGCGCAGGUCUGACCACCGUGUCCACCAGUUCCUUAACGCCCGGUCGGCAGUUCGCCCUCAUCAAUGGAGCAGGUGAAUUAACCGGAGAAACGGCUAUCGAUCCCUCCAGUUCGGCGUCUGAUAUCAAGGUUUCGGCAGCUACUAUGGCCAGUUUGGGUACUUCUUUAUCAUCUUCUCUCGGAACGACAAUCAUUCUCCCGAUAUCUACGCAGUUGGCGAUCGUGAACGGAGCCACAACAACCGUCACUACCACGGAUCAGACGGAUAACCCAGGUGCCUGAUGCAGCCCACUAGGUUGUGUAUGGCUCCUUUUUCUAUGCACAUCAACGCCGCCGUAUCCGUGGUUUUGCUCUCAUUUUGGUCCUAUUGAUUUAUAUUUGUUUUUUCACUCAUCCAUACUCUACACUACCCCCUUAACAUUUUAUUGACAUGUCUUGCCUACAUCAAUAAAGAAUAUAAAUCUAAGCAGACUGCUAUAUCCACUUACGUACGUUACGUGCGCGUCUAUUUGUGCACGGUUUUUAUGUGGGUCUCGUACCACCCGUUUCGUCGUGGGUCCUCUAGUUCCCACCCGCCUGUGUAUGACUGGACGCUAAUUCACUGUUUGUUGUCAGUCAUUCUUUUCCAUCCAGUUUCUCCUCCUUACAUUCAUGUACUCUCUAAUCUCCCCUGUCCACCUCCUCGUCCUGCAUAGAACGUGUUGGUCAAAUUGUAAUACCCUGUGUGCGUCUUACUAUUUCGUACGUUAUGCCGGCUGGUUUUCUUGUACAGCUGCAAACAAACUAUCUAUAUUGUGCGCUCUCUCUCUGCUCUCUUUGUAUGUAAACUUUUUCACGGUGCCUUUUCCGUUCGUCGUCGUUCACCUUUUGGCAUUCUUCAUUACCUCUUCUGUGUAACAAAAAACGUGAUUCUCUUCAAUCCGUAUCGAUCUAUCAUGUUCCGAUUUGUGUACGGCCAAGUUUUUCCUCUCCCCUCCACAUUCUGCCUGUCUCUGACACGUCAAAUACAUUGCGCAUUUAUUCUCAAAACACGGAAGCUCGUGUAUUAUAGCAUGAUUUUCUAUUUUUGGGUUGGCCUCUUGGGACCAUUGCGUGUUAGUUUGGACAAGUUCGGACCAUGAGGUCUCUACUCCACUGUACCAUAGUAUCGGCCUGUUCUGUCCUCCAUCCACGUGGUCACUGAACUUUCACUGACGACAUCGUCCCUAAGUUCAUUUUCCACAUCAUCUCUGAGGUCGUUAUAACCUUCCUCCAUCUGGUUAACCGUUUCCGCAUGUCGGCCGCCGAAGCAAGUGCUCAGCUUUACGCGAAUGUAGUACGUGACGUAGAUGAGUAUCUGAAACAA